GACACACUCUCCUCCUUUGGAAAUUUGUAUCCCCACCAACGCUUUAACUCAAAAGUGUCUCUUACUUGGCUCUACUCUAGUGUUGUGUGCUGCUUUUUGCUUGAUCAGUUACUGUUCAUUACCUUUAAUCGCCCAUGUCAAGCAAAACUGUAUCAUUAGAAUGCUCAAAGCUCUUCAAACUUCAGAGCUUAGUCCCCCAACAAAAGAAUCACUUGCGUUCUUCCUACCUAACCCAGUCUUUUGCUUUCACCCUACCAUCUUGUCAUUACUUUGGUGGUACUAUAUGUGGGUCUGCUGUGGUAGUUUUAAAAUCAUUAUAGUUGUUCCUUAAAGUUAGGCUCGUGUUUUGCUCGAGGGUUUUGCUUCAGUAUGCACUUCUUUCUCUUCAUUUCCCUCUUCUCAGUUGGAUGGUGGAGUUAGAAGUCUCAGAUCUCGAGAAUUGAUCUCCAGUUUCUCUGGAAGUGAAAUGGGGAUGCAGCUGAUUCUCCUGCUGACGAAAAUAUGUUUAACUCUCAGCGUUAUGGAAAUUCACGGAUCUGCAGUACCAGUUCUAUCACCACCCAGGAAAUCGCUACGAAAACCACAAACUCUCCACCCUUUCAGGCCAGGCCAACCACCAUCCAUACAACCAGACCAUGCUGUCCCUCCUGCAUUAAAUCCUCACAGCUUUGGCCAGAAAAGGCAUGGCAAGCUAAUUACUGCAUCUCCCAACAAAGCAUUGCACAAUUUUCCUCCUCCGAACCACUCUCCAGUUAAAGACCAUGCUGUCACUCCUGCAUCAAACCCUCUUAGCUUUGGCAAGAAAAGGCACGGCAAGCUAGUUACUGCACCUCCCAACAAGGCAUCACCCAAUCUUCCUCCUCGGAACCACUCCCCAGUUAAAGGAAGCUUUCAACAUCAUCCCAUUAGGCCUUCAAGUAUUGCACUUCCACCUUCUUUAUCAUCUUUUGGAAGUCCUGAAAAGAAAGGGGCGCAUGGUCCUGCAUCUUCUCCUUCAAUUCCGUUUCAUAAACAUUAUCACACAAGAAGAAAGUUCAACAACUCUGCUCCAGAACCAUCUUAUGUGAUUCAUCCGCCCACUUACAGUCAGCAAGGCCCUGAAGUCUCCCCAUUCCAAUCUCCCCAUCCUUCAUCCGUAAGCAAGGGUUAUCUCACACCUGCACCAUCACCAAUUAUACCAUCAAGCCACUUCAGAAUGCCGAUUCUUCCACCUACAAUUUCUCCUUUGCGUUUUUCCCAUGAAAAACCAAAGACUCCGCCACCCUUGCCACUGAUGACUCUACCACCUCCACCUCCAAAUGAAGAUUGUACUUCUGUGACAUGCACAGAGCCACUAACAUAUACACCUCCAGGGGCACCCUGUGGUUGUGUAUGGCCAAUUCAAGUUAAACUCCGCCUUAGUGUUGCAAUAUACACAUUCUUCCCUUUGGUUGUACAGCUUGCUGAGGAUAUUGCAGCCAGUGUUUCGCUAAACCGCAGCCAAGUUCGCAUUAUUGGAGCAAACGCAGCUAGUCAGCAGCUUGAGAAAACCAGUGUCCUCAUCAAUCUCGUACCCAAAGGACUGAAAUUCAAUGAUACCGCUGCAUUUUUAAUCUAUUAUAAAUUCUGGCACAGACAAGUUUCCAUAAAGGCUUCAGUUUUUGGAGCCUACGAAGUAUUCUACGUUCGCUAUCCAGGUCUUCCUCCAUCUCCCCCUUCAGUGACUUCAAGCAUUUCUGCAACAGAUGAUGGACCAUAUGCUGGCCAUGACAACAAUGGAAGGAUAAUAAAACCUCUAGGGGUCGAUGUGCCAAGGAGAAAAAAGGAUGGACUCGGUGGAAGCAUGAUAAUUGUAAUACUACUAUCAUCUUGCACUGCCUUCAUUAUAUGUAUUGGAGUCGCUUGGCUUUUGAUAUUGAAAUGUGGUUUUUGUGUUCAUUGUCCUGAACAAAUUCCACAUGCUUUAAUAUCUUCCCCUACAAAACCAUCAGCAGAAGCUGCUGGGUCUAUGCUGUUUGGAAGCAUGCGCGGUCCAGCAUCAACGUCUUUUAGUUCUGGCACGGUGACAUAUAUAGGAACUGCUAAGACCUUUACUUUGAGUGACAUAGAGAGAGUCACUAAUAACUUUGAUCCUUCAAGAGUACUUGGAGAAGGCGGAUUUGGGCUUGUUUACAGUGGCAUCUUAGAUGAUGGAAGGGAGGUGGCUGUCAAGAUUCUCAAGAGAGAUGAUCAGCAUGGUGGCCGUGAGUUCUUGGCAGAAGUUGAGAUGCUCAGUCGUCUGCACCACCGAAAUUUAGUUAAAUUGAUUGGCAUAUGCACAGAGGAUCAUACUCGCUGCCUAGUAUAUGAACUAGUUCCAAAUGGAAGUGUUGAAUCUCAUUUGCAUGGUGCUGACAAAGAAACUGAUCCAUUUGACUGGGAUGCUCGGAUGAAGAUUGCCCUUGGUGCAGCUCGGGGCUUAGCGUAUCUGCAUGAAGACUCAAACCCACGUGUUAUACAUCGAGACUUCAAGUCCAGCAACAUCUUAUUGGAAUAUGAUUUUACACCCAAGGUUUCAGAUUUUGGAUUGGCCAGAGCUGCAUUGGAUGAGGGAAACAAACACAUCUCAACACAUGUUAUGGGAACUUUCGGUUACUUGGCUCCGGAGUAUGCAAUGACUGGACAUCUUCUUGUGAAAAGUGACGUUUACAGCUAUGGUGUGGUACUCCUUGAGCUAUUAACAGGGAGAAAGCCGGUAGACUUGUCACAGCCACCAGGUCAAGAAAAUCUAGUUGCUUGGGCCCGUCCCCUUCUGACAAAUGAGGAGGGCUUAGAAGCAAUCAUUGAUCCAGCUAUAAAGUCAAAUAUUUCAUUCAAUAGUGUGGCUAAAGUAGCAGCAAUUGCAUCUAUGUGUGUGCAACCAGAAGUAUCUCACCGCCCUUUCAUGGGUGAAGUUGUUCAGGCCUUGAAGCUAGUAUGCAAUGACUUUGAUGAAACGCGUGAUCUAGGGUCAAGAAGUUGCAGCCAAGAUGAUCUUUUGACUGGUUUAGAUCGUAAGAAUAUUAACAAAGUUUCUAGUGAGAUCACCGAAGUCUCACACCCCCCUCAACCACCAUCUGGCUGUGAUUCUAGCCCUGAUGCCAAGAUGGCAUCAGCUUCAGAUUUGUUAUGCACAUCCAUGGAACGUCUUGAGGCUCAGGAAUUUGGAUCUUCCGUCAGACACUCUACUUCCGGCCCUCUCAGGGAGGGGAGGAAAAUGCAGUUGUGGCAGAGAUUAAGAACUUUGUCUAGAGGCAGCAUGAGUGAGCAUGGUUUUUCAUUGAAGUUAUCUCCGGGAUCUAAUUAGGUCCCUGCUGAAUCCCAUUCCACUUACCGCAAUAUCUACCAAAUAAGGUUGGAGUUUGAUUUCAUGGAGAAAUGAAAGGUCUAUACUUGCAUAAAAAUGUUGUUGCGUGAAUCUUGAAGUGAUGAUCAGCAGAUUUUGGCAUGAAGUUCUUGACAAUGGCUUUUUCUGAGGCCCAAAAUCAGCAAUGAAGUUGCGUCUAGCAGUGAAAAAUCCAACAUUCAAAGCAAACUUGGCUAUAUUUUUUCACCCCAUUGAAUAUUUCGGGUGCAGUGAAGGUCUGGUCUUGAAUAAAUCAUUCAUCUGCUCCUUUUAGGUCGGUUAUCAUGGGAGCGGCUUAUUGUUGAUGACUGGGUUAUUUGAAGUUAGGAAUGACAUGUCAUUCUUCUUUGAAACAUCAAACCCUUUUUGACAAAUAAUUCAGUAAGGCUUCUUUAGCCCAGUGAACCAUAACUUCUGAGUUUGUAGCA